AUGAAGAUUCAUCUUUUGUUGGUCAUCAUUGGAACCUAUGCCGCUAUAGUUUUAGCCCAGACACAAGAAGGAUUCAUCAGUUUGGAUUGUGGAUUACCUAUUGAAGAAUCUCCUUACGAUAAUGAAUUCAAUGGAUUGACAUUCACAUCGGAUUCCACAUUCAUCCAAACAGGGAAAAGUGGAAAGCGCAAUUGUUAUAGUCUAGAUGUCAAGCCUGACACAAAAUAUCUCAUCGCAGUUAGCUCCGUAUAUGGGAAUUAUGAUGGUCUUAAUCUUGAUCCAAACUUUGAUAUCUAUAUUGGUCCUAAUAAGUGGAUAAGUAUAAAUUUGAAAGGAAGACCAAAUGGUACUCUAGAUGAGAUCAUACACAAAUCUAUGUCAAACUCUUUGGAUAUAUGUCUUGUUAAGACAGGAACAACGUCGCCAAUAAUUUCAGCCAUCGAAAUACGGCCACUCAGGGACAAUACUUAUGUUAGCCAAUCUGGUUCACUGAGGCUGUCUUUCCGGGUGUAUCUUAACAAUUCCGAUGGAUUUAUAAGGUACCCUGAUGAUGUUCGUGAUCGUAUUUGGAAUCCAUUUUUUGGUUCUUCAUAUUCACAAAUAACAACCAAUCUCAACAUAAACAAUUCAAAGGCAUAUGAGGUACCAAAAACUGCACUCCAGAGUGCUGCCACGCCUAGAAACGCCAGUGGACCGCUGGUCAUCACUUGGAAUCCCAAACCCUCUAAUGCUCAAGUGUACUUGUACAUGCACUUCGCCGAGAUUCAAACCCUUGAGGCCAACGAGAUCAGAGAAUUUGACGUUAUCUUGAAAGGGAACUUUAAUCAUUCAGGUUUUAGCCCUACCAAGUUAAAGGUAUUUACAUUAUUCACAGAAGUACCUAUGCAAUGUGAUUCGGGAGGUUGCCGUUUAGAGCUUGUAAGAACUCCAAAGUCAACUCUUCCACCUCUGAUUAAUGCUCUCGAAGCUUACACGGUUAUCGAAUUCCCAAAAUUGGAAACAAGCCCAAGUGAUGUUGACGCUAUCAAGAACAUCAAAGUUACUUAUCGACUGAGUAAAAUCAGUUGGCACGGAGAUCCGUGUCUCCCUAAAGAUUGGUCGUGGGAAAAUCUUAGAUGCAGUUACGUAGAUCUCUCCACUCCACCACAAAUUGUUUCCUUAAACUUGUCAGAAAGUGGAUUAACUGGUAGCAUAGCUCUAGCUUUACAGAAUCUCACACAAUUACAAGAACUGGACUUAUCGAACAACAAUUUGACUGGACCAGUGCCUAGUUUUCUUGCCAGCAUGAAAUCGCUGACCUUGAUAAACUUCAGUGGGAACAAUCUCAACGGUUCAGUUCCUCAGGCUCUUCUUGAUAGAGUAACGGAAGGACUUGUAUUAAAACUUGAUGGAAAUCCAGAUUUGUGCAAAACUAGUUUAUGCAAUCCAGAAAAGCAGAAAAAGAAAUUCUUGAUACCUGCUUUUGCAUCAGCUGCCUCUCUGCUUGCUAUACCGGUUGUGGUGGCUCUUAUUUUUGUUUUCCGAAAGAAAAAACUGCCUUCAGGUACGUCUUGA